CCAACCGAUUGAGGACGAGCGCGAGUCUGUUUGCCUUCCCAGUCGAACAUAAACCCGGGAUGAUGGUGUUAUUCCGGAAUGGCGAACGCUCGCGCGUUGGGAUUACACCACCAAUAAAGACCAUCAGAGCACACAUUUUUGGGAAGCAGUGAGAGGACAUCAACGCUAAGCGUGCAUACACCGAGAUACGGACGCGAGAGACGCGGAUCCAAGAGCCUGCGGAUCAAAUGAAUGUCUCUGGCCGCCAAACGAGCGUGUGCGAGUCGCCGAGACACGGACAAUAAUUGCGCCGCGAAAAGAGAACGUUCCGAGGCGGCUUUGUCGUGCCACGCGUGCAGAAGAUCGCGAGCGGAUCGAGCGGCUCGCCAGUGUUCUACCGCGCGCGCGUGAAGGUGAACGGCCGUCGGAGUCGCGCUCUGCGUGCGGCGCUUGUCCGGUACGCGGCGGCGGGGAUGCGCGCCGUGCGGGCCUCGCGUGCACUGGACCGGCGGAUUGUCUCGCUGAAAGCACGGGAUCGUGUGUGUUUGCGCGUCGCACGGUAUUGUUCAGUGAGUGCGUUGAGCGUCAGAUGGUGCAUGCAUGCUGUCACUUCUGGGAACCUCGCUGCUGAUUAAUCAUUUCUAUGCACUUUAUUUGCGUCCUAUCACUGUGUGUUGAGUAGCUGCUCAGCCUUUGGAUCUGCUCCUCUUGCAUUGCACUGAACUCAGUAGCUCUAAAGUCCUCGCUAAAAACACAAGCAGCAACUGACUGUGAAUCACCCCGAGUCCCAAAACACUGCAGUGAACCCCCAGGAUCUCACUCGGACUGAUCGAAUGGUUUUAAAGCGAUCCUAAAGUGGGACGAUGACUCAGUCCGCAGGAAUCUCUGUACUGAAGCUCCAGAGAUUAAACAGAAGUGUGGUGUAUUGAUCCUGCAUGCUCCCCUGAGAGAGUCUAGCUCUUAUGAAGCUAACAAACACUACGAAGUGACCUUCACUCGGUGUAUGUGCACAUUUGGAGCUUGUUUAUUAAAUGGGACGAUGCUGGUAAGGAGGAUCACUGUGUUUCCCCGAAAGGAACUUUGACCCCUAAAGAACUGAAAGGACUAAACUCAUCUCGAGAAGUGGGAAGAGGAAAUAAUACUCACUCCACACUAAUGAAAUGAUCUCAGACUGACCGAGAAAACACUAGACUAGUAAUCAGACAAACCUGACAGCCAUGAGUGUUCGACAGCCGACCUCCACGCUGGAUAGGGCAGCCAUUAAGAAACAAACACACCUGCCCAGUCCUUUUGCUGCUUGGUUGAGCAGUUUGACGUUGGGAGACUCGGAGCGCAGGUCUUCUCCCGGCCAGCAGAGGGAGACACUGUCUGAUCUCCCCUCGGACAGCGCAGGGACGGGUUUAGUCCAAAGAUGUGUGGUUGUGCAGAGGGACAAUCUGGGGUUUGGCUUCACCGUGUGUGGCGAGAGAAUCAAACUAGUGCAGAAUGUCCGGCCAGGUGGAGCAGCGGUCAAGGCUGGAGUCCAGGAAGGAGACCGAAUCAUUAAGGUCAAUGGUUCAUUGGUUUCGUCGAUGUCUCAUCAGGAAGUGGUGAAAAUGAUCAAAUCUGGGACGUAUGUGGCGUUGACUCUUCAGGGCCCGCCUCCUUCAGCCGCAUCCAUCCCGCUUCAGCCCCUCCCCACUGACCUCUUGCCCAAUCACAGGACAGCUCCUGGCGACGCCCCGCCUCCUCCACAAACUCCACCCACAGGAAGCAGCACCCCGACUCAGAGAAUCACAGGACCCAAACCCUUACAGGACCCUGAGGUGCAGAAACACGCCACAGAAAUCCUGCGGAGGAUGCUGGAGCAGGAGGAGGCAGAGCUGCAGAACCUCCUGGAGGAGCACUCCCGAAACCCCUCGUCUUCAUUAGAGGAGCGGAUAGAAAGAGCCAGACGAAGAGCCAGCCAAGUCCGAGUGAAGAUCCGGCAGGAUGUGGACGGCACUCGAUCAGAAGCGGUCGCUAGCUAUCUCACAGCUGGAGAAGGUCGGUUAUCGGUGGACUCCAGCGAAGGAGACGUCGAGGCAUGUGAGAGCCCCUUCUCGUCCCCCUCCAUCUUCAGGAACCCUCUGCUCCGCUGGCAGGGGUCCGACACGCUCCCCUUGGACUCGGGAGGGAAGAGCCAGAUCAUCGGCCCAGAGGAAGAGGAGGAGGAGGAGGAUGGGUACUCCAUCAAUGAGACGGACGGGCCGUUUCAGGACAUCGAGCUGCUGAAGAGUCGUCCGGCUCACAUGACGGUCUUCAUGAGAUACGUGUUCAGUCAACUACUGGAUCCAAACCCGCUGCUGUUUUAUCUGUCUGUGGAGGCGUAUCUGGGCUCGAGCCCUAAAGACGCCCGAUCGCUCGCCCCUCAGAUCUGCUCACACUUCCUGGACCCCGAUGCGCCUGUGAAGAUUAAAGUCCGGGAGGAGAUCCUGACAGACAUAGAGGGUCGUCUGCACGCUCAGGAGGACAUCAGAGGACCUCUGUCUGAGCUCCAGCAGCAGGUGCUCCCAGACAUUCAGGAGCAGCUCCAGGACUACAGGAGUAAGCAGACGAUGGGGCUGGGGUCUCUGUUUGGAGAGGGUGACCUGCAGCAGUUAGAUGGAGACCCAGUGAAGGAGCGGACGGUGGUGGACAGACAGGUGCUGGCGCUCUGGGACAUCCUCUCCAAACAUGAGGAGGACCGAAGCUCUCCGCUAGCGUCUGCGGUUCAUCUCUAUCUCAGACACUCGGGCAUUAAACUCAGAGACUCCAAAGUGUUCCCCGGCUUGAUGUCCGAGAAGGAAAAGUGGCUUCCGUUCUUUCCUAAAGCGAAGAAGCUGAGCAGCGCCAGACGAGAGAAGGACGGAGACGACAAGAAACGCAAUCCCAUCCUGAAGUACAUCGGCAAACCCAGAAGCACGUCCCAGUCCACGUUCCAUGUUCCUUUGUCCCCGGCUGAAGUUCGUCCUGGCAGCGUGAGAAACAUCAUUCAGCAGUUUGAGAAUAAUUCAGACUCGGUUGAAGAAGGGGAUAGUGAGGGACAGACCCUGUCUUCCAGCAGUUUUGGAGAGGACAGCAUGGAAAGUCCGACCAUAUCGGUGCGAUUGGCUCGCAGCGAGUCUCUGAAGGCUCAGGGGGAGGGGCGUCGGCGAGGAGGCGGGGCGGGGGCGGAGUCUGUCCCUCGUUCUCGUAGUGAUGUGGACAUGGAGGACGUUGAGGAGAGGGAGGGGCCUGGACUGAGGCUGUUACAUCACAGCGCUUCGUCUUCAGCCUCCAGCAGCUCGGCACGAUCACUGGAGAACCCGACGCCGCCGUACACGCCUCGCUCUCAGCGCAGGAUGGUGGACGCUCCGGUGGCUCUGUUACCGGACGCUCCGGCCCUGGACGAGGACGUGGUUGACUCACACAACUGGCAGGAGACGGUGGAGCCACACGUCCUGACGUCUCUCAGCUCACGAGAGAUCGACCGACAGGCCGUCAUCUACGAGCUGUUCACCACGGAGGCGUCUCACCUGCGGACGCUCAGGGUCCUGGACCAGGUGUUUUAUCAGAAGAUGCAGAGCGUCCUCAGUCCUGAAGAGCUGUCCUGCAUCUUCCUGAACCUGCGGCACGUCUACGAGCUCCACGCGAGCUUAUGUGAGGCCAUGAAGAAGCGCAGGGAAUCGCCGGUCGUUCAGGGCAUCGGAGACAUCAUGCUGGCUAGACUGGAGGGAGAGGCUGGAGAUCAGUUCGAGGAGCAGGUGUCUCAUCUGUGCAGUCAGCAGAGUCAAGCGCUGGAGCUCAUCAAGAGCAAACAGCGUAAAGACCCUCGCUUCGCUCACCUCAUACAGGAGUGUGAGGCCAGUCCUCACUGCCGCAGGUUACAGCUGAAGGACCUGCUGGUGGCUGAGAUGCAGCGCUUGACUAAAUACCCUCUUCUGCUGGACAACAUCAUCAAACACAGCGAGACGUCGUCUCCGGACCUGCCGCUGCUUCAGAGAGCUCAGGCCCGCUGUCGUGGUAUACUGCAGGCGGUCAAUGAGGUGGUCAGAGAGACAGAGCACCGGCAUCGGCUCGGACAGUACCAGCGCAGGCUGGACCUGACGCCUCUGGAGCGGCUGGCCAAUCCCCUCGCAGCACAGUUCAAGAGCCUGGAUCUCACCACGAAGAGGAUGAUCCACGAGGGGUCGCUCACCUGGAGGGUCAGCAAGGACAAGGCCAUCGAGGUGCAGGCGCUGCUGCUCUCAGAUCUGCUGGUGCUCCUUCAGAGGGGUGCAGACGAGCGCCUCGUCCUGCGCUGUCCGUCACGCUCGCUGGGCGGAGCUCCAGACCUCAAGAUCCCCUUCUGCCCAAUCCUGCGCCUCGACUCCGCCCUCGUCCGAUUGGUUGCCACCGACAAUAAAGCGCUGUACGUGAUCAGCACGUCUGAGAGUCAGAUCUACGAGCUGGUGGCCGGGACGUCGUCAGAGAAGAACACUUGGAAAGAUCUUCUGGAGAAGACGAUCGCUGCUGCCAGUCUAAGAGCAGGAUCGAGCAAACAAGGAUCGCCACCGCCGUCCUCAGGUGCGCGCUCAUCUGCCAAUGCUUUAGAUGUGCUGGAGUCGUCCGUGUCUCUGGAGCAGGAUUCUGUCAGUGAUGAUGAAGCCGCUCUCACACCGACAGACGGAUCGGACACACAACAUCAUCAGGAUGGAGACGGGUUCCCCCAAACCAAAGCUGCUGUCGCCGAAGCUGCUCUCCAGGACGUGGAAACCCUCCGGCAGCUGAUCUUCAGAGACCUUGAGGAUGGGUGGAGUCAGGAUUCAGAUGACACGCCCACAAAUGAGACGGCCAAUGAAAGGAGUCCUUUGACCGACGGAGCGGGGGCGGAGUUCUCUGAUCCCGCCCCCAGUGAGAGGCCCAGCCAAGGGGGGGAGGAGUCUGUAGAAGCUCCGCCUGUAGAGGUGCUGCAGUCGCCCAUUAAGGUGGUGAGGAAAGUUGUGGGUGCGGGCUGUUCUCUUCCUGAUGACAUCACCGAUGAUGUCACUGCUGGCCAGUCCUCUCGGGACGGAGGGAACAUGUUUUAUCUGGUCAUGCCCAAAGAGGCGUCCAGCGCUCUCUCAGACGAGAGCAGCACAGACGAGCUCAAAGACUCUGACGCGUCUCACAGCAUCCAUCAGACUCCGGACACGUCCUUCAUCAACGAGGAAGAGGAGCAGGAGACGCCCUGUCUCUCUCCAGCUGACCAAUCACUGACCGAGACCCUGAGUCACAGGGACAGACCCGGCCAAUCACCACCGAGCCUCCAGCGUCAUGUGAUCAGAAACGUGGACGAGAUCUUCAGCACCAUGGAGGAGUUGAUGAGGAAACUGCAGCACCUGCGGGACAUUGAAGCUGAUCACUAUAAACUCCUGAAGAAGUUAAGAAAGCCCCUUCCUGUGGAUAAAAUGUCCAGUGAUUUUGUCUACAAGUCUCCCACAGCGGCCCGAAUGCCGUCACUGGACCGCGGAGCUGGAGACGGUAAAGAGGGCGUCUCGACAGAACGAGCUCAGCCCGAAAUCCAGUCCACUGGUUUCUGAUGGUUUACACUGGACCUGAAAGAGGACUUUCAUCUCACACACACAGACUCGCGCAAACACACACACCGCACUCUAUGAUGUAGCCCCUUCCCAGCAUGCCUUGCGCCUGGAAGCACCAUCCAGGCUAAAUUAUGUGUUGUUUGUGUCAAUCAGAAAUUUGUGUCUGGGGACGGACGACACUUCGGCCAGCGCUGAGAAAAGAAAGGACGAAAAAGAAAGUGAGGAUUGAAGUAGCGCAUUCGAAAGGGAGAAUGAGAUGUUUUUGCCGAAGAACGAAAUCGUGAAGAGAUGCGCGAAGAACAGGAAAAAUGCAAGUGGAAAGUGUAAUAGUGCGGCUAAAGACAUGACUCUGUCCUAUGAAGGAAACCGAGCACUUUACCUGCUGUUCGUCUGUUCCUCGUCAGGAAACUCUUGAAUCCAAACGGGCGACGUUUUGUCCGCAUAUAUCGCGAGUCGCGUCUGUUUAGGGAUAAACUGCGUUGACAGAUUCAGGUUCUUUUGCACUGGGACCCCUGUGGAAAUACACAUGGGUGGGAGGAAUAAGGACUUCUCAUGAAAUUACUGUUCGUUCGUUAAUAUCGUAGCUUGUUUUUCAUUGCGUAACACUAUGCGAAGAAAAAAAAAAGGAAGGAAAACGAAAAAAGAUGGUUUUAUUUUGAAGAUUUGUGCUCCAAUAUUAAACGAACGUACGUUUGUUCGGUUUCUACGCACAGUUUAACACUAUCGCACAGUUCGUAACUGGACUCCUGUUUGUAUCGCAACGGAAAAAAGGGGCGUGUCUGUGAAUUCUGACAUCAUGUCAUGUGACCUGCAAGCUGACACAUCUGUAUUACGUGUAAAUACUGUGAACUUUUGUCGCUCUUUGUUUGCGGUAGUUCAUUCGUAGCUCAACGGGUGCUUGAAACACAAAUGAAGGGAUUGGGAACUCUAACAAAAUAAAAAAUUACGCGACUUUGCGUUUGAAACACAAGCGUCUUUAUAAGUAUUUAACUUGUACACCUAACCUGCCAAAGGAGGAUUGUUACCUCACCUCCUUUAAAGUUUGUUUCUCUUUCUUAUUUUUUAUUUUAAUUGUUUUUGCGAGUUUAUGUGUGAGUGCAGAACGUGUUUAACACGGAUUGAAUUCGGCGACGGUUGCUUGUACCGAUAACUACUGUUAACUCAGGUGGAGAAAUGUAGACGUGAUUUCUCUCGUUAGCUUUAACUCUUUCCCAUCGUGACUUUGGUUCUUCGUUUCAUUCCUUCAUCGUUCUACAUUAAUUCAUGCGGAUUGACUAUUUUUACGCUGCACAACGAAGAAACCCAUACUCGUGCGAACUACUGAACGUAAAGGUUUGUUUUUAUUUUUAUUGACAUUGACUCAUGUAAUAUAGUUGACGGCCUGUUUUAUGUGUUCAUUUUCUGUAAA